GCGACGUGGCAGCCGUAGACAGAGAGCCACAAGUGCGCGCGUGGGCGUGCGAGUCGUGAGCAGACGGCGUCCGAAGAGGCGAAUCGUCGAUCGCGCGGUUUCGCGGAACGAGGAGUGAGGGCGUCACAGUCUGCCGCUCUGUGCAGACGCCGCUCCGUGGGGCCGCCAUGCGCUGGUGAUGGCGGCUGCGUGGAGCCAACGCGCGGUGGAGCUGCAGAUCCGAGAGUGCAGAGACCGCGACGGCUCCAGUCGCCUCGGCGCGCCUCGCCCCCCCCCCCGGAGUCGCGGUCUCUCCUUCCGCGCGCCACCCUCGCCAGGCGCCGCUCGCGCGCCCCUCUGUCGGCCCACGCGGCUGAUUCCUCCCGAUCCAGUUGCUGCUCAAGGAUGGAUCUCUCCCAGUUACUGCCCUCGGUCAUCAUCCCGACGUUCUACAGCGUCUCGGUCAUCCUGGGGCUGCCUCUCAACCUGCUGGCUGUCUGCAUUCUCGUCUCGAAAAAGAAAGACUCCAUGUCCGUCUACAUGCUCAACCUCGCCGCAGCAGACACGAGCUUCUUACUGGUGCUGCCGAUGAAGAUCGUCUACCACUUGAAGGGAAACCAUUGGGCUCUGCCGGGGUUCUUUUGCCGCGUCUACACCAUGACGUUCUUCUCCACCCUCUACACCGCCACCAUGCUGGUGGCCGCCAUCAGCAUGGAUCGCUACUUGGCCAUCGUGCACCCGCUCUGGGUCACCGGCUGGCGCAAGACCCGGACGGCGUGGAUCGUGAGCGUGGUGAUCUGGAGUUUGGCGGUAAGCCACUCUGUUCCAUCGAACUUCGUCACCAUAUUAAGUGUCGUGAAUGCCACCAACAACAGCAGCGACCCACCGAGAAUUGUAUGUUACGAAGCGUUCACCAAGGCGGACCUCGACUUCCUCGUUCCGUUCAGGCUCUUCCUCUUCGUCACUCUCUACUUCACCUCGCUGGUGGUGACGCUCUUCUGCUACGGGAAUAUCAUUCGGGUUCUAGUCACGAGUCAGCAGUCGAACCAGGAGAAGAAGUCUCGCGCCACGAAGAUCACGGUCGUGAGCAUCCUCAUCUACGUGUUCUGCUUCUCGCCGUACAACGCCACGCACCUCGUCGCGUUCGCCUCGAGCAAAAUGAGCAACUUCUCCUAUCACGCCAUCUCCAUUCUCAGAGACAUCACGCUCUGCCUCUGCUCGCUCAACAGCCUCUUCGACCCGCUCAUCAUCUACAUCGCGUCGUCUGCAUUCCGCUCGUCCGUCAAGAACAUAUUCAGCUGCCGUUUGGCUGCCAACCAGGUGUCCUCCUCGAGCGUCUGAACGCACCGUUGUCCAGACGGCCACUCCAGCGACAGCCAGCGGACUCAAGCGAACGAUCAAUACAACACGUCUAUGUGUGUCUAUGUGUGUGUGUCUAU